AGAACGCUUUAAAUAUUUUUCACCGUGACUAUGGACUAGUUCACUUUAGUUCCGUUGUAAUAUUGCAGACCUAUUCUAUCAUCUUUUCAAUAAGGUCAUACACCUACACAAUGUUAUACUUAAAUGUAUGUACUUAAUUUUCCUUCCCCAUUUCAUAGCGUCAAAUGUUUGAAACAACUCUGAAUGAUGCCUUCGAGCAGCUCGGAUAGGUUAGUGAGUAGCGCAUGGAAUUAAGUUGCCAUGGUAAAAAUAAACAAUUAAACGUCUUCAAUUCACAUUUCAACAACACACAUUCCUUGAGACAUUACCUGCUACAACAAAACACUUUUUAUGUGUAGUGUAAUCAAAGUAUCACAAUGAUUCCUCCGGCUGAUUCUCUGCUUAAAUAUGACAACCCAGUCUUGGUGAGCAGAAACACAGAAAAGAAGUCUCCAAAGGCACGGCCCCUGAAAGUGGCUCCACAACAGCCUGCCAUGACUGGCCCUGUGCCACCUCCACCCAAACCCAAGACCCCCUCAGCUGAUACAAACAAACAGCAAACCGAGGAGAUCCUCAAUGCCAUCCUACCACCCAGGGAAUGGAUGGAGACCAACCAGCUGUGGGUGCAGCAGGUGUCCAGCACGCCGUGUACCCGCAUGGACGUGGUGCACCUACAGGAGCAGCUGGAUCUGAAGCUGCAGCAGAGACAGGCCAGGGAGACGGGCAUCUGCCCAGUCCGCAGGGAGCUCUACUCCCAGUGCUUCGAUGAGUUGAUCAGACAGGUAACCAUCAACUGUGCUGAGAGAGGACUGCUGUUGUUGCGUGUGAGAGACGAAAUCCGUAUGACCAUUGCUGCUUAUCAGACACUGUACGAGAGCAGUGUGGCCUUUGGCAUGAGAAAAGCCCUGCAGGCUGAGCAGGGCAAGUCUGACAUGGAGAAGAGGAUCUCCGAUUUGGAGAACGAGAAGCGGGACCUGGAGAGACAGGUUAACGAGCAGAAGGCCAAGUGUGAGGCCAUUGAGAAGAGGGAGACUGAGAGACGGCAGGUCGAGGAGAAGAAACACACAGAGGAGAUUCAGUUCCUGAAGAGAACCAACCAGCAGCUCAAGGCCCAGCUGGAGGGGAUCAUUGCCCCUAAAAAGUGACUCCUUCAUUCCACAAGUGAUCUAUAUCCAGCAGAUUUCAGAUGGUCCAACACAGCAUUAUGUAAUAAAAGUCUACUUCAUAACCAUAAAGCCUUGCGUUACUAUAGCAGAAUAAAAUAAAAAAAAUG